UGUUUGCCCCAGGCUCUAAGUUCAGGACAACGUUACAAUGGGCAUUACUACAUAAUAUGUGGAAUAUGAGCGAAUAUAACAGUAACAGUUACGCGAAUGUUCAGAUCAGCCAAUUAGUCGCCACGUUUUCGAAGAAGUGUACAUGCCUAUCGGACUGUUUUGUUCUUUGUGUCCGGAAGUUUUAAGCUCAGCUGGAAAUAACUUUAUAAUUUUAAAUGGGGGUGGGGGUUACCACUUAGAAAUAUAUAGCGCCGGGUUAAGGGUAACAGCUAAAUAAUGAACUUGGGAGUUGGAACUAUUUCAGUGAUUUGUUAAAAUAGAUAAUAACCUCUCUACUUCCUGUGCCUAGGACCGACAAAGUUGGAAAAGGGGGAGGAAGGAAAAGGCCAAGCUCAGCGAGCUGAAAGACCUAUGCAAACCAUCUACAUCAAACAAGAACGUGGGUAAAGGUCAAAAUUGGGCCAGUUUGGAUAGCGGAAGCACCUACAGACAGAUUUAGCUGAGCAGUUAAAAUAUCGGCCGUAUCUGGACUCGACUGCUGGAUUGUACAACGAAAGGUUUCUGAUAUUAUCCAUUCCCUUGCUUGGAAAAAAAAACAACGUUUACCAUAAAUGUUUAACAGAAUGUACAGGUGCACAGAGGUACAAUUUGAUGCAAGUUCAUCACUUCGUUAUUAAUAGGCCUAAGUGGAUUUUGACAGGCGGUAUUUAGGAAUUUGUUACCGCAGUAACAAACACAGGGAUGUCACUUGAUGACAAGGAACCUCUUGUGAGGGAGCCAACGUCCGCUGACUGCGAUUCACAAGACACGGCACCGGACAUAAUACAACCAGGGAUCACUUCCAUUAAUACGGAAGUGGCCAACCAACACUCAUACAAUUCGAAAGAUGGCAGCACCGAGUACAAUGGUGUGGUUUACAAGAGGCGCUGGUACAUACUUAUCAUGUUUUGUCUACUAACUUUCACACAGGGCGGCAUAUGGAACACUUGGGGCCCCGUGACCACAAGUGCAAAAUAUGCAUUCGGCUGGAAUGAUGGCGAUAUUGACCUGUUGUCAAACUGGGGGCCUAUAACUUUUGUUUUGUCCACGUUUAUAUUCACAUGGCUCAUGGACGUAAAAGGUUUGAGAUGGGCGUGUGUUAUAACCAUGGCCUUGGUUGCGGUAGGGUCUGCCCUCAGAUGUAUAACCACGGAACCAGUCGCGGCCACUUGGCUUAUUCACGCGGGACAGCUCCUAAACGGAAUUGGGGGUCCAGUUGCUAUGGCAGCGGGACCGUUGUUGUCUAACGCCUGGUUUCCGGUGGCGCACAGAACCUCUGUCACCGCCUGCACAGCUACAGCAAAUGUCCUGGGGAUAGCAGUCACUUUUAUUAUAGGGCCGCUUAUGAUUCGAGCUCCCCCUUCGGCAGAAAACUGCACUCUUUCCUCGAUCAACUGUUCUUGCUUCGCUAAUUCUUCAUGCGAGCCUUCUAAAGCUGACGUGGCUUCGGAUAUUCUUUUGUUGAUGUAUAUAGAAGCGGGGUGGAGCAUCGCUAUCUUUCUCCUGAUGGUCGUGUACUUUCCGUCCAAACCGCCAACUCCACCGACGGCCUCGGCGUCCACCAUUAGGGUUGACCACAAUGCUGGACUCGUCGCUUUACUGAAGAAUCACAGAGUGUGGAUGGUGGCGGUGCCGUACUCCGUGUGUGGAGUGUACGCUGUGUGGACAUCAGUGCUGGGCGUCAACCUGGAGGGCAGGGUGUCCGAGGUUGAGGCUGGGUGGCUCGGGUUCUGGGCCUCUGUAGCGGGGAUGAUCGCAGCACUGAUUUUAGCAAGAUUUGCCGACAUCUUUGCUGGUCACCUAAAGAAGCUGUUAUUACUUCUGCUCCUUGGCGCUAUUGGGUCGUUUGUCUGGUUUGCCGUCCUUGUGGCUGGACUUGUACCCAGCGAUUCACCUGGAUGGACAGUGAUGCUGUACACGUCGUAUAUCCUCGGCGGAAUUUUUGAAACUGGAUCCACAGCGUUCUUCUACGAGAUAGCGUGUGAGGCCAGCUUCCCCACCGCGGAAGGGGUGACCACGGGCUUUCUGACAUUCCUGAACAACGUGUGCGGCUUAGUUUUCCUUUUUAUAUUCAUGAUUCCUAAUGUUGACAAAAAGUUCAUGAACUGGGUGCUCAUCGGCUCCACAACCGCAGUGGUCCCUGUAGUUAUAUUAUACAAAGAAAGGUACACACGGCUUGACCUAGACACGCAGAUUGAGCACAAAGGAUGACGUCAUAGGUAUCCAUGACGUCACAUUGAUUUCAAUUCACUACCUCCAUGCGUUUAUAUAAAUAUGGAUUGUGUAGAUAUUGAUCAGUCUUCCGAUGAUCGACGUAUGCGUAAGAUAGAAAUGAUAACAUCACCUGAUCUUUUAAUGACUCCAUUAAAAAAAUUGAUAAGGAUAUAAUGAUGACACCCAUGAUUUGACGUAAUACUCAGGAAAUACUCGCUGAUGACGUGCCAAAUGUACCGGUGAUCGCUGUGUGUGAUAAGAUAAUGCUUCGCCUAUCAAAAUUACCAUUGUUGUUUUGUUAAAGUACCAGGCGUAUCCACUGGCAUAUUCAGGGUUUUACGAAUGGGGAGGCUGACACAAUAACUGAAAAAAUCAAGCUUCGUUCUGCAAAUUUGUCGCUGUAGACGAGAAUUGUAUCACAUGAUGUUGGGCAAAGGGAUUGAAUGGCUUUUAUGUAUCGUUGGUUAUUUAUUUAUUUAUUUAUUUAUUUAUUUAUUAUUUUUUU